AUGAGUUGUACUCCUUUAACAUUAUCUACAAAUACAGCGGAUGCUCUCGAUUCUACUGUUAUCGUUUGUUCAAUUGCUAUUGUAAUUCAUAUUAUUUUUUGGCUUGAAGUUCUAAUAUUUCCAUCAUUAAAACAAAGAAAUAUGAUUUGGUUAUAUGAUUAUAUAUUAACUGAUUUACUUCUUGUUAUUCGAUUUUUUAUUUUAUACUUUUUUCGUCGUCUAGAACUAUGUUUAUAUCCAACAUUUCGAACAAUAGUAUGUUAUUUUGAAGCAACAUCAAAAUUUUAUAUGAAUACAGUACAAAGUUAUCUUUUAUUAGCAUUAAAUGUAUCACGUUAUGCACAAAUUGUUUAUAGUCGAAAUGUUUAUGUCGGAAAUCUUCGUACAAUUAUUAUAACUCAUUUUUUAAUCGGUAUAUUACCAGCAAUUAAUGUUAUAGUACAAUUUAUGGCUAAUUGGACUACUUUAUGGCGUAGAACAGGUGAAUCUUGUGAUGUUCAAACUGUAUCAUUAUCAGUACAAAUAUUUAAUAUAUUUGUUACUUAUAUUAUACCAGUAACACUUAAUGUUAUUCUUCUAACAAUUUGUAUUCGUCAUGUAAGUUCAACAGUAGGUAUUCGUAAUCAACAAAUAAUUGAUCGUCGUCGUGGACAUCAACGAGCACUUUUAUUUCAAACUAUAGCAUUUUAUUCAAUUUGGGUUGCAUUAUGGAGUCCUUAUAUACUUGCAUUUCAAUUUAUUAAUAUUAAUAGUAAUGCUGGUAUUUAUACUUCAUUAUUGAAUUAUGUAGAAAUUGCAAUAGAUCCAGCUAUUGUUGCUAUACUUGACGUUCGUUUUUUUAAAACAUGGCAAACAAUAUGGCGUAAAAUAAGAACAUUUCGACAUAGAGUUGUUACCCCAGUUGCAAUCAUUGCUCCAAACAAAAAUGUUACUUAA